AUGGAAGAUGGCUUCAUUAAGUUUCAUGAAAAGUACGGUGAUGUCAUUACGUUUUGGAGUGGUGAUACUCCAGUUAUUGUGUUAAAUACCUUGGAACUGGCAGAUGAGUACAUGGUAAGACAAGGUGAUGUAUUUGUGGAUAGAAUGGAAGUACCGGCAAUGAUAUUGCUUGAGGAUAGGAAUUACGGAAUUAUCAACACAUCCGGAGACAUGUGGAAGACAACUAGAAGGUUUGCGUUGAAAUAUUUUAGAGACGUUGGGCUUGGCAAAAGUGGAAUGGAGGAGAAGGUAAGAUUUAUUUAUCGUUUGGUUAAUUUAUGGCUUUUUAUUAUUUUUAAGGCAAAAUAAAACUACUAUAAUACAGUGGAACUCUUGUAUAACGAACUCCUCUAUAACGAAACUCCCAUAUAACGAACAACUUUUGAAUUCCCGUCGACCACUACACAGUGAAUUUAAAACUCCUCUAUGACGAAACUCCUUUAUAACGAACAAAUUUCAAGUCCCCGACGGAUUCGUUAUACAGGAGUUCCACUGUAUAUUAAUUGAAGUUUUUGAGAUCCAGAUGUAAAUAAAAGUGAUUAUAGCAGUAAAUAAUUACAAUUUUUUAGAUUCUAGCCGAAGUAUCAGUUGUGCUUGAUAAAUUAAACAAAGAUAUUGCAUCAGGACAAGAGAUUCUCAUGAAAACACAUACUGAUGUAGCUUUGGGUAGUGUCAUCAACCUCUUGAUUUGUGGACAAAGCUUUACCGCUGACGUAAGGGUUUUGUUAUCAUCUUCUUAAUCUUAGAAAGUCUUUAAAUUCACCUGAUAUCAAGUGAUUAUUUUGUGAAUUUUCAGAAGAAUGAAGCCAAAUUCUACGAGGUCCAGGACUGUGUAUAUACGGCGAAUAAAAUGGCGGAGAACAAGAUGGCUUUGCUUUGCUUCUUGAUGCCUUUUCUUUUAAAAGUACCUGUCAUUGGAACGGCUGGUAUGAAGGUAAUCAACAAGAUAAAAGAUUUGUUUAAAUAUAUUGAUGAACAAACAGAAGAGCACCUACGGACGAAUGACUAUACUAAUGAAUUGACUGAACCUCGAGACUUCAUUGAUGCUUUUAUGUUAGAGAAAACGAGAUUGGAGGCUAAUGGUGAACAGAAUCAUUACUUUUUUGAUAAACAAUUGAGAGGAACUGCCAUCGAUUUAUGGUUUGCUGGACAUGUAGGGAUAGUAUCUUUACUAUUUUAUUUUGUGGUAUCUUGUGGAUGACUUUAGGCCCUAUGGCAUGGUUCUAUAGUUUACACUAGAGUGCAAUACAAUUUUCAGGACACAACCAGUGCCACCCUCAAUUUUACUCUGGGCUAUCUUGUUCUUCAUCAAGAGAUACAGAAGAAGGUUCAUGACGAAAUUGAUGCCAAUAUAUCAUCUGAUCGUUUCGUUACAAUGGCAGAUAGACCUAACCUACCGUACUUGAUGGCUGUACUGACUGAAUCUCAACGCUGUGCCAAUAUUAUACCAUUAAAUCCACCCAGGAAAACGACUGAAGACAUUAACAUUAGUGGCUAUGACAUCAAGAAAGGCUCUAUUGUGUUUGCUCAAAUUGCUGUCAUUAUGCAGGACGAAAAGGUAUGUUGUUGUGUUUAGAAGAGGUGUUUUUAUGGUUUCUUACUGAUUUACAGAAAAGGACGAAAAACGAAAGUGCAUUUUUGUUCGAAAUAGGCUAUAAGGCAUCAUAUAGGUGCACCUUAUCGUAUUGAAAGUAAGAUAAAAAUAAUAAUUGGUCCAUUGUCACCUAUAACAUAAACUUGCCACAACUCAUGAAUUAUCGUUAUAGCACUUCAAAUCCCCGAAAACCUUCAAUCCUGAUCGUUUUAUCGACGAAAACGGUCGAUUUAUUACUCAUCCAGCGAUGUUACCCUUUUCUUUGGGUAAAAGAGCCUGUCCUGGGGAAGCAUUGGCUAAAAUGGAGUUUUUUUUGCUGGCUGCAAACCUCUUAAACCAAUAUAGAAUACUACCUGACAAAGAACUACCAACGCUAAAGAAAGCCAGCGCAACUACCAUUCAACCCGAAGAAUAUUAUGUUAGAUUAGAGAAGAGAUACUGA